AUGGCCAAAGCCACCAGUGAUGUGACGUUCGUGGUGGGCCAGGAGCAGCAGAAGGUGUUUGCGCAUCGCUGUGUGCUGGCGUGCCGCUGCCAGGCUUUCCAGGGGAUGCUCAGCCAGGGGCUGGCGGGCAGCGAGGACCCUCCCGGCAGCAUCCCACCCCAGGGCCCCUUCGUCCUGGGCAACGUGCAGCCUGAGGUCUUUCUGGCCGUCAUCGAGUUCCUCUACACCAACAGCGUCACCCUCAACAGCCACAUAGCUCUGGAGGUACUGACCUCGUCGGUGGAGUAUGGCCUGCAGGACCUGUGCAAGCUCUGCGUUGAGUUCAUCAAGGACACGCUGAGCGUGGAGCAGGUCUGCGAGGCUCUGCAGGCUGCGGUGACCUAUGGGCUGUCAGACCUCCAGCAGCACUGCCUGGCCUUCAUUGAGGGCUGCACCGCGGCGGUGGUGCGGACGCGGGGCUUCCAUGAGCUCUCCGAUGCGGUGCUGGCACGGGUGCUGCGCAGCGACGGUCUGGACGUGGACGAGCUGGACUUGGUGCAGGCUGUGCGAGAGUGGGCGCAUGUCAGCUCGCCCAGGCAGGGAACGCAGGCACCCUGUCCCUGA